AUGGUCGCUGUCCUCGCCACCUUCGCCGUCUUCCUUUGGCACCCCAUGUCCGGCACCGUCGACUUGAUUAACACCCGCCCCCCACCGGUCCCACCCUUCUGCUCCUCCAAGCGAAACGCCUAUGACCCCAUGGACUGCGUCCAAUGCCCAAAGGACGCUAUCUGCUUCAAUUCGAAGGCGGAGUGUCCGACGUACUUUUCGUUGGAGAAGUCGGUGUUAAACGACUGGCGUUGUGUGAAUCACAAGGAAGAGUUGGAGAGGCUGGCGGAUGAGGGGUUGAAGCGCGUGGUGGCUCACUUGAGGAAGGUCGAGGUGGCGGUGCCUUGCGGGCAGACGGUGUCAAUGCCUGCGAGCAGGCGCGAUGUAAUCGACUUGUUCGAAGAGCAGAUUGUGCCGCUAAUGCCAACGAGGGAUCGGACACAGUUGGGGCUACGGGAGGGGCUGUUACAGUUGUAUUUGCGCGAGCUAGUUGACGAAAUUAAGAUGAAAGAACUUUACUUGGAACAACAAGGAAGUCUGCGGGUAACGUUAGCGUCCGUUCGGAGUAGCGACCGAACUAUCUGUGUCAUCCGACGCUACUCGGUGCCCCUUGUUGCCGCCGUCAUUGGCACCAGUUUCUUUGCCGCCUAUUUCUACCUCAAAGCUUCAGGUCAUAAAUGUACAGGGCAGAAAAGCUGA